AUGCCUGAUAAUCCCAUUCACGAUAAGUUUGAUGCGAGACUUCGUUGGUUAGCAGGUGAUAAGAAAGCUUUCGAGGGGGCAAAAGAAAGAGGGAGGGAGGAAGAUGCAGCUAGGAGUAGAUCUCCCCGAUUGUGUUCUCCCAAUCCGCCCUACAUACCAGCUUAUAUUCCACUUAGAAUGAAGGCACACCGAAAGGCUCGAGAAAUGGGACUUGAGAGUGACAGUGAUGACGAAAACUUCAGGACAAAUAAACCAAGAAGAUACCACGAGAAGGGUAAAUAUGAUCCGCCUCCAAACUCGUAUCACUCACCUUUAGAUCUAUCCAGUGCUUUCAACCCUGGUAAAUUUAAUAGGAAUCCCAUGGCUGCUAUGUACAUGGUGCCUAGUUCAACGGGUCCAUCUAGAAGCGGUACAACCAUAAGUUAUGGAGCGACAGAUGGAUACCAGAGAUCGAUAUGGCAGGAUAGAGGGGCACAGGAAUCAGGACAAGGACAACCAUCUUGUCAUAUUUCUCCUCGGGUAACUGGCAGAUCGAGGAAUAGUUCACAGUACCCAAGUUCUUAUUUGGGACGGAGUGGGAAACAAUGGGGCCAACAGACUCCUCUUCCACAUUUAACUCAAGGGAAUUAUGUACUACCGUACAGAACUUUUGGAAUUUUGCAGGUGGGAAGACCAGUAUCUGAUCAAUUUCCUGCUGAAUUACCCACUCCGGUAUAUUCUGUUCAGAAUGGAGCUCUUGUAAAUGCAAGUGCAUAUCAAAGUAACAACAAUCAGCACACAAAUUUACAAGGGUCUUCACAUUUUAAUCGGCCACCAGCAAUACCUCGAACAAGCUUUGAUCCGGUACGAGACGCUGCGGCUCGAAAUACCGCGGCUUCUGGUAGUCACACGGAUUCUGAACCUGAACCUUCACCUGCCGCAAUUUCUAGUGGUCAUGCGGAUCACAGACCACACACUGCAUCUCACGCGGUUCCUGCAAGAAAACCCGUACCAUCUUCUACUUCUACACAACCGUCAGCCAAAGGAAAUCCAAGAGACAAAAUUAACUCCGAAUCUCGCCAUGACCAAGUCGAACAGGUGAGAAUCCGAUGUCAAGAAGAAGAGGAGGCGACCCGAGAACGAAGAGAGAAAAAUCUCAAAAUCAGCCACGAAGGCUAUCAAAAAGCAAAUCGACAACCACCUCCACCAUUACCUCCAAAACUUCCUCUAAGUCCCAUCAAACGCCCACCUCCACCAUCCAGACCCGCCAACUUACCUGCAAGUAUCCCCUCUACCAUACCACUCAUCCCCGCGCCACCCUCCCCAGACUUCAUCCCCAACAAUGCCUGGCCCGGACAUGUCAAUUCUCCGCCCUAUCCGCUCACUCAACCAGCCAGCCACACACGACACCAUGUAGCUUCCAGCUCCCGUGUUAACACUACCGACCCUAAUAAUCCCCCCUCCCCACCCCCACCCUACCCCGUCACCCCCGCCAAUUACCAUUUCAACGCAUACAACAACCAAAACAGCAUUCAAAAACACGCUAUCCAUAAUGCAAUCAAAUAUGAGAUUCUGCAUGGAGAUAAAAGAAUGGGGGGUCCUACUCCCCCUACUUUUCGCAGCAUGUAUCCGGAUGCUAGGGAGUUGGAGGGUGUUAACCCGCAAUUUCCACGGGACGAGACGCCCAGGAUAGGGUUACCGGGGGGGGGAGGGGAAACUGUAAGUGAUGCGAGGUUAGUGGGAUUGAGGCAAGUUGUACUUGAAAGAAACGCAGAGAUAUCAGUCAUAUCUGGCAGAGUAGAAGCGGGUACGUUUAGGGCUGAGAUGAUGGAGAAGAUGAGAGUCGAGCGGGCAGGAGGCGGGGCACUAGGCGCUGAGCGGAUCAGGAUGUCUGGUGACACUAGACGCGAUAUAUUGCGGGAGGAUAUUGGGGAUAGAAGGAGGGAUGUUCCGGAAAUUCGUGUUCAGGGUCCUACGCCAGGUACAAGUUUGCGUCCGGUGACGACGAGAGUCGAUCCGAAUAUGGGGAGGACGAGAGUGUCACGGUCUUUGGAACCUGAGCGGUUGAAGGUGCCGAUGACGGAGCAUGGGAAGGGGUCGAAGAAACAUCAUAAGAAACAUGCUAGUGGUGAUGGGGCUUUGGUUCACAAGAAGAAGAAAUAG